AGAAGCUGUUGUGGAUAUGGGCAAAACUAGCUCUACUGUCAACACAAACUUUGAGAAAGAAGAACUAGAGAGCCACAGAGCUGUGUACAUUGGUGUACAUGUCCCAUUUGGAAAAGAGGGCCGUCGACGUCAUAGGCAUCGUGGACAUAGGCAUCACAGAAGAAGAAAAGAGAAAGAAACUGAUAGAGAAGAUGGGCGAGAAUCUCCAUCAUACGACACCCCAUCCCAACGAGUACAGUUUAUCCUGGGUACUGAGGAUGAUGACGAAGAACACAUUCCUCAUGAUCUCUUCACUGAAAUGGAUGAACUGUACUUCAAGGAUGGGGAAGAAUAUGAAUGGAAAGAAACUGCCAGGUGGCUAAAAUUUGAAGAAGAUGUUGAAGAUGGCGGUGAUCGAUGGAGCAAACCUUAUGUGGCAACUCUGUCUCUGCACAGUCUCUUUGAACUGAGAAGCUGUAUUCUAAAUGGGACAGUCAUGUUGGACAUGAGAGCAAACACACUAGAUGAGAUAGCAGAUAUGGUGUUGGACAACAUGAUUGCUUCUGGUCAGCUGGAUGAGUCCAUAAGAGAGCAUGUCAGAGAAGCUCUCCUCAAGAGACACCAUCACCAGAACGAGAAGAAAUUCAGCAGUCGGAUCCCCCUGGUUCGGUCCUUUGCAGAUAUAGGCAAGAAACAUUCUGACCCUCACUUGCUUGAACGAAAUGGGCUUCUAGCAUCUCCGCAGUCAGCACCUGGAAAUUUGGAUGCUGGAAAAAGUGGAGAUGUUAAAGGUAAUGGAACAGGAGGAAGCAGAGAAAACAGCACUGUUGAUUUCAGUAAGGUUGAUAUGAACUUCAUGAGGAAAAUUCCCACAGGAGCAGAAGCAUCAAAUGUGUUGGUGGGAGAAGUAGAUUUUUUGGAAAGACCAAUCAUUGCUUUUGUGAGACUGUCCCCUGCUGUGCUUCUUUCAGGUCUCACAGAGGUUCCUGUUCCUACACGGUUCUUGUUUCUGUUACUGGGUCCAGCUGGCAAGGCACCACAGUAUCAUGAAAUCGGAAGAUCAAUAGCAACGCUUAUGACUGAUGAUGUUUUCCAUGAUGUUGCUUAUAAAGCUAAAGACCGUAAUGAUCUGUUAUCAGGAAUUGAUGAAUUUUUAGACCAAGUGACUGUCCUGCCUCCAGGAGAGUGGGAUCCGUCUAUACGCAUUGAGCCACCAAAAAGUGUUCCUUCCCAGGAGAAAAGAAAGAUACCUAAAUUUCCAAAUGGAUCUACUUCUACAGGAGAAAUUCUCAAACAGGAGAGCCAUCAUGCUGGACCUGAGCUACGGAGGACUGGAAGGCUUUUUGGUGGUUUGAUACUUGACAUCAAAAGGAAAGCACCUUUUUUCUUGAGUGACUUCAAGGAUGCAUUAAGCCUGCAGUGCCUGGCCUCGAUUCUUUUCCUAUACUGUGCCUGUAUGUCUCCUGUAAUCACUUUUGGAGGGCUCCUGGGAGAAGCUACAGAAGGCAGAAUAAGUGCAAUAGAGUCUCUUUUUGGAGCCUCAUUAACUGGGAUUGCCUAUUCUCUGUUUGCUGGGCAACCUCUUACGAUACUGGGGAGCACCGGACCAGUUCUAGUAUUUGAAAAAAUAUUAUUUAAAUUCUGCAAGGAUUAUGGGCUUUCUUAUCUUUCCCUGCGAACCAGCAUUGGUCUGUGGACUUCAUUUUUAUGCAUAGUAUUAGUAGCAACUGAUGCAAGCAGCCUUGUGUGUUACAUCACUCGAUUUACUGAGGAGGCUUUUGCAGCACUCAUUUGCAUCAUAUUUAUCUAUGAAGCAUUGGAAAAGCUUUUUCAUUUGGGAGAACUGUAUGCCUUCAAUAUGCACAAUGACCUGGAUAAAUUGACUUUAUAUUCAUGUGUGUGUUCUGAGCCUCAGAACCCUAGCAAUGAAACUUUACAGAUGUGGCUGAAGACCAAUACAUCCGUGGAUACUAUAACAUGGACUAACCUCACAGUUUCUGAAUGCAAAAAGUUUCAUGGUGUUUUUCUUGGAUCAGCUUGUGGUCAUGAUGGCCCAUAUAUUCCAGAUGUUCUGUUUUGGUCCGUGAUAUUAUUCUUUACAACAUUUUUCCUCUCCUCUUUUCUCAAGCAGUUUAAGACCAAACGUUAUUUCCCUACUAAGGUGCGCUCUACAAUCAGUGACUUUGCUGUAUUUCUGACCAUAGUGAUCAUGGUUCUGAUUGACUGGCUUGUUGGAGUUCCUUCUGCUAAACUACAUGUUCCUGAAAAAUUUGAACCCACUCAAAAAGACAGGGGAUGGCUCAUAGAUCCUCUUGGAGGUAAUCCUUGGUGGACACUACUGGUAGCUGCUUUUCCUGCAUUACUGUGUACCAUUCUCAUUUUCAUGGACCAGCAAAUCACAGCAGUAAUCAUAAACAGAAAGGAGCAUAAGUUGAAGAAAGGCUGUGGCUAUCAUCUUGAUCUGCUCAUGGUUGGUGUUAUGCUGGGGAUAUGUUCCAUAAUGGGCUUGCCUUGGUUUGUGGCUGCAACUGUCCUGUCUAUAAGUCACGUCAAUAGCCUAAAAGUAGAAUCUGAAUGCUCUGCCCCAGGAGAGCAACCUAAGUUCUUGGGAAUCCGGGAGCAGCGAGUGACGGGGUUAAUGAUAUUUGUUCUGAUGGGCCUUUCUGUGUUCAUGACCUCUGUUUUGAAGUUUAUUCCUAUGCCAGUUUUGUAUGGUGUCUUUCUUUACAUGGGAGCAUCUUCACUAAGGGGCAUCCAGUUUUUUGACCGUAUAAAAUUGUUUGGAAUGCCUGCAAAACAUCAACCCGAUUUGAUCUACCUGCGUUAUGUGCCACUCUGGAAGGUCCACGUCUUCACAGUUGUUCAGCUCACCUGUCUAGUUCUUUUGUGGGUGAUUAAAGCCUCUGCAGCUGCUGUUGUUUUCCCUAUGAUGGUUCUAGCAUUGGUGUUCAUUCGUAAGCUCAUGGACUUAUGUUUCACCAAACGAGAGCUUAGUUGGCUGGAUGACCUCAUGCCAGAAAGUAAGAAGAAGAAAGAAGAUGAUAAAAAGAAAAAGGCAAAAGAGGAAGCAGAGCGAAUGCUUCAAACAGUGGACAGUGAAACUGUACAUCUUCCAUAUGAAGGAGGAAAUGUCUUACAGAUUCCUGUAAAAGCCCUAAAAUACAGCCCUGAGAAACCAGAAAGUGUGAAAAUAAGCAUGGAAGAUUCACCUAUAAUGAAGUAUGUGGAUGCUGAAACAUCAUUAUAG